UCCAAUUUAAUUAGGGUUCCCAAACUUCCCUAAACCCUUCACUGAAAAUCAAUGGAAACUACCACGGGCCAUUCCAGACCCAACAAAAAACGAAAAACCGGCCAAAAUCCUGAAACAAAUUUCCUCGUAGACCUUCAGUCAUGCUCCAAAUCCAAAGACCUCCAAACUGCAAUUUCUUUAUACGAAUCAGCUCUCUCUCAGAAUCUCCGUCUCUCUCUCCAGCACUUCAAUGGCAUUCUUUACCUAUGUUCAAACUUCGUCACCGACCAAUCAUGUAAAGACUCUGCUAUCAAUUAUGGUCUUCGAGUAUUCGAUCACAUGCUAUCAAGUAACAUCAACCCAAAUGAGGCUUCGGUUACGGCCGUUACCCGGCUGGCGGCGGGGAAAAACGAUGGUGGUUAUGCUUUUGAUUUAAUUAAAAGAAUGAAUACAGAGUUCAAUAUUGUUCCGAGAUUGAGAACAUAUGAUCCGGCAUUGUUCUGUUUUUGUGAAAAUUUAGAGGCUGAUAAGGCUUAUGAAGUUGAAGAGCAUAUGGGUUUAAUGGGGGUGAGUUUGGAGGAGCCGGAGAUCGCAGCAUUGUUGAAAGUGAGCUCGGAGACUGGGAGAGGAGAUAGAGUUUAUGGGUACUUGCAGAAGUUGAGGAAUAUGGGAGGCUGUGUGAGUGAAGAGACAGGGAGAGUUAUCGAGGCUUGGUUUGAUGGAGAAAAGGGUAGUGAGGUUAAAGGAGUGAGCUGUGAUGUAGGAAUGCUGAAAGAAGCGAUUUUGAAGAAGGGAGGAGGGUGGCAUGGGAUGGGGUGGAUUGGGGAGGGCAAGUGGGUGGUGAAGAAAGGGAGUGUGGAUGAGAGUGGACAGUGUUGUUGUGGUGAGCAGUUGUGUUGUGUUGACAUUGACGAUGUGGAGACCGAGAGGUUUGCUCAGUCCAUUGCUGGAUUGGCUCUGGAAAGAGAGGUCAAGGCAAAUUUUAGUGAGUUUCAAGAUUGGCUAGAAAAACAUGGUGAUUAUGAAGCUAUUGUGGAUGGAGCUAAUAUUGCACUCUACCAACAAAAUUUUGCAGAUGGGGGAUUCAACAUUCCUCAGCUUGAUGCUGUUGUGAAAGAAUUAUAUGAUAGAAGUGAUAAAAAGUGGCCUCUUAUAAUCUUGCACAAUAAACGUCUUCGAUCGCUUUUGGAGAAUCCUUUCUACAGAAAGCUAGUUGAGGAGUGGAUGGACAAGGGUGUUCUUUAUUUGACACCACAUGGUUCCAAUGAUGACUGGUAUUGGCUAUAUGCUGCUGUCAAACUCAAGUGUUUGCUUGUGACGAAUGAUGAAAUGCGUGAUCACAAUUUUGAACUCUUAGGAAGCUCCUUUUUUCAGAAGUGGAAAGAAAGACAUCAAGUUCGAUAUACUUUUGUCAGAGGUAAUCUGAAACUUGAGGUGCCACCCCAAUAUUCCUUCGUUAUCCAGGAAUCAGAAAAAGGAGCAUGGCAUGUGCCUAUAUCAGCAAAAAGCAAUGGACCUUUGCAAACAUGGCUUUGCGUUACCAGGCCAAGUGUCUGUAAACCAUAUGACAGAGAUUUGGAGACUCUUGGAACUGCUGCAAAUGGCCAUGCACUGUGUGGUAAUAGUGAAAUUUUGAAGUCAUACAACUCAAGGGAUUUUACAAGUCACAAUGAAGACCGUGGUGGCCAUGAUUCCUUGCAAAAUUCUUGUAGUAAUAGCACAGAUUCGACACAUAUCUGAAUUACUAUGACAACUAGUAAAGAGAAGGUCAGCAUCCCCACCCACCACAAUUUUCUCAAUCAAUGCUUACAGGAGGGUUACUUGCAUAUUGUCAAGCAACCAGCUCUUGGCUAUUUACUUAAGUUACAGGAAUUUUUCAUUGCGUCCUCCCAAAUGAAAUCCCUUUUAUUCCAGUAUUUUGGCCCAGGUGGUUGUACUUUUAAUGAGCUCAUUUCAAAUAUGUUUCCUUUUUCCCCUGAAGAGUUAUAUCAUUUCACGAACUCGAGUUUAUUUAUUCGGGGCUUUUUUAACUUGAAUAAUCUCACAGAAUGAUGUUUUACCUACUUUUGAAUUGAAGAGAUUCAAAUGACUAUAUUUUCAUGUCAUUCUUACCAUUUAUUCAUUAUGUGAGGCUUAAGAGACCUUUUGUUUUUA